UUCAACGUUUGAAUGUUUUUAAUUCAUUUAUUCCAGCCAUUCAUCUCUCAAAAGCCCUCUUUUCGCUCUUUCUGCAACCUUUCUCGCUUCGCCUGCGCGCGCCUUCUUUGAUCUCCCCCAAUCCCAAUGUCGACGGAAAAGGAGAGAGAGAACCAUGUUUACAUGGCGAAGCUCGCCGAGCAGGCCGAGCGAUACGAUGAAAUGGUGGAAAGCAUGAAGAAAGUUGCCAAACUCGAUCUUGAGCUGACUGUUGAGGAGCGGAACCUCCUUUCUGUGGGUUACAAGAAUGUAAUUGGCGCUCGUCGAGCUUCAUGGCGCAUUAUGUCUUCCAUUGAGCAGAAGGAAGAGUCAAAGGGAAAUGAACAAAAUGUGAAACUCAUCAAGGCUUACCGCCAGAAGGUAGAGGACGAGCUCGCUAAUAUCUGCAAUGAUAUCUUGACUAUAAUAGAUGAACACCUUAUUCCUUCUUCCGCCUCAGGAGAGUCAACCGUCUUUUACUACAAGAUGAAGGGCGACUACUACCGCUACCUUGCUGAGUUUAAGACGGAUCAAGAAAGGAAAGAUGCUGCUGAACAGUCAUUGAAAGGCUACGAGGCUGCUUCAAAUACAGCAAAUACAGAUCUUCCUUCAACUCAUCCCAUCCGUCUGGGUCUCGCCCUCAACUUCUCUGUCUUCUACUAUGAGAUAAUGAAUUCCCCUGAAAGGGCCUGCCAUUUGGCUAAACAAGCUUUUGACGAGGCAAUUGCAGAGCUGGAUACUUUGAGUGAGGAAUCGUACAAGGACAGUACCCUGAUCAUGCAAUUGUUGAGGGACAACCUCACCCUCUGGACUUCUGAUUUACCCGAAGGAGGUGAAGAUGGGGCACCUAAGGGUGAAGAACCCAAACCUGCUGAUCCCGAGCACUAAUCGGGAUCUCAAUAGGCUGUGCAUGAUGCAAUCCAAUAACCAGGAGAAUAGUCAUACUUCUCAAGGCUCCGAAGGUAUUAUGCAAGCAGCGGUUUCAAGUUUUAAUAUAGCGAGGUUCGAUUUGGAGUGGAAGAGAUGUAUUGAAUUUCUGCGUUUCUUUAUGGCCGUUAGAUGUUUUACACCUCUGGCCUGAUAUGAAGUUCUAUUUGUUGUCUUUUUCCGCCUUGGUUCUGCCUUUCAAUGCAAUUCCCUUAUUGGGUUAUAGUUGUUGUGAUGAUUUGACUAUAAUGCCAAAAUUUGUGCUACUGAUUAGUUGCGAGGGGAGAGUAGAUUCAUGGGUUGAUUUCCACUUAUACAAUAGUACCAACGCCUUGUUUUAUUUUA